AAAGGCCACCCCACCCGGCGUCCACCAGGUUUCUUUUGCCCCACCACCAGUUCACCAUGGCCUCCGUCUUUCGCGCCCUCUUUGGCAGUCGCCCGUCUACCCCAACGGAGAAGAAGCAGCGUCGACCGCGCUCCUCUUCGCGUCCCCGACAGUCUUCGUCCUCGUCUCCCGCACAGACCAACGAGAAGUUUGUAUAUAUCGCGCCUAGCACACCCCCGGCAGAGCGCAAGCGUGCAUCCAGUCAUGUCUCGCGGUCGGCUGCACCAUCUCCUCUACGCUAUGACACCUACGACGCGGCCACCAACCGCACCAGAGGGCGCACGAAGAGCGCGUCCCAAAAUGGGCCCGUGCAUGUCCCCCUGUAUCGUACAUCGAGCGCCAAGGCGAAGGAGCGACCGAGCCCCUACCCUCUGUUCGCCCCCACCCACUCCUACUGCAGUUCUCGCAGCGCCUCAAGUAGCGUGUCUGGUCGUCGCCCCGCAUCUGCUCCAAGGUCUUCCAGCUCCUGCAGCGUCAGCCGCAAUGGAGAGCCACGCCCCGUCUUGAAGCACACCAGGACGUCAAGCGACGCUUCUCGCAACGGUCCCCAUGCGCACGUCUCCUUCCAGAACCCCAAUCGCACCGAGACCCUGCACAUGCACCCGCUACUCGCGCACGGCAAGCUCUGCGCCGCGCCUAUCUCGUACGACGUCACCCUCCCUCCCUCUUCUCGUACCGUGCUCGACCGCGGCACGCGCACUCCUGUGCCUGCCCACACCCUCCUCCAGCCCGCGAGUGAGGCGCCGUCGCAUACCACCCUCGUCCUCGCCUCGGACAAGUUCCCGUGGCCGGUCGUAGCGGCCUCCGGUGCGCGCGCCGCGGCGCGCUUCUACCUCUCCGGCAACUCGCCCCACCGCGCUUCGCCCGGCGGCGAGCCCGUCACCGUCCUUGACGUCCUCUACGCGCUCCACAACACGCUUAUGGUCCGCGUCACGCAGGAGGAGUGGGAUGCGCUCGGUGCGGGCUCGCGCGCUCAGCGGAAGGUGACGCGCGCCUACGAAGCCCGCUGCAAUCGCAUGGGCGGCGGCUGGGAGGGCGGCGUCCGCCGCAUUGACUGGCUCGGCGAGAAGACCCGCCUCGUCGGCGUCGAGGUCGACAAGAGCGCCGGCGGCGCAGGCAUCGGCAAGCUCGUCUUCUCGAAGGCGUAGGCGCCGAACGACCCAUUUUCUCCCGCGCUGCUGCUCAACAUGCGCAAGCACUCGACGUAGCGGCGUGUGUCCGCCGGCAUCGUGGUGCCCUCGGACGUGGACGCCCCGGCUCGCGGCCCUCAGUGGCGCGUGCCUCCGCGCGCCGCACUCGACUCUUUCUCCAUCUCGACUCCGCUAUUAUGGCCUGCUUCUCUGCUGUCGAAAAACGCGUGCUGCACGGCGCGCUUCUGCUGUCGAAAACGAACGCGCACGGACGGCGCGCCCCCUUCCUCUUGGUGAUAUCUGGGACGAUGUAUCAUAGGUAUAAUUCUUUAUGCUGGCUCAUGACGACUCGCAUGCCCUCCCACUCCUCGCAUGCUCAUUACGCUUGACGGUGGGCAGGUGCCCGCCGUUGUUUCACGACUCUUCUCUGCUC